ACGCCACUGGUAAUUCUACCCACUUAUUUGACAUUUUAACAAUUUUUGUGCACCUCCUAUUUAAAAAUUAACGAGUACUGAGUUAGUACUCGGGGGUGUUCCCACCAUGAAUUCACUAAAAUUCUUCACCAAGUCAGUAUUGAGACCGACGUACAGACUUCACGCUGUUACGCAGAGACAUGCAAAUUCAGGUUCUGUCGUAGACCCCCCUGAAGACCCAAAUAUUUUAAUUCCGAAACCGAAACAACGUGACAAUGAGCCUCUGGAGCAACGUAAAGCAAGGCUUCUCUACCAAUCUCGCAAACGUGGAAUGCUAGAAAACGAUCUCCUUCUGAGUACUUUUAUAAACAAGCAUUUAAAUAGUUUCACAGAGACGCAAUUAGAAAAAUAUGACAACCUUAUAAAUGGGCCUUCUAAUGAUUGGGAUAUUUAUUAUUGGGCGACCGAAAUAAAAGAAACACCUGAAGAGUAUCAGCAUGAAGUGAUGGACAUGCUGAAGUUGCAUGUUAAAAACUUGAACCGGGAACAAAGACUGAGGCAGCCUGACUUGAAGUAAAAAUGAUGUAUAUGUAUUUUGGCUAGUCUAUUUAUUGAUAAAAUAAACUGUUAGGCGAUUUGUUGAAUAAAUAUUAAAAAAAUA